CUCUCAAUGCCCAUUCUGUGUGGGUUCCUGAUUCUCUGCGGGUUCUUUCCUGCUGAGGACAAUUCUCUUCCUGUCCCAGCCUGUGAUUGGGGGGCUGAGCCCAGGGCUCUAGUGGUUUGGGCCCCAGCCUCAUGGGUGGAAUGCGCCAGCCAGCCCCCAGGCUAGACGAGGGGGCUAAGGGUCAGGGUAGGCAUUUGUUGUGCCCCUUUUUGACCUUUGUAGGCCAGAGCUGGGUGAGGGGCUGGACAAUGAGCCUCCUCUUCCUGAAAGAAGGAAUCUUGGUGGAGACAAUAAGGCCCUGUCUGCUCUGGCAUGGGGGGCGGUGGCUGACUCAACUUUGCAUACCCCCCACCAGGCCCUAACAAAUGUCAUCAAGAAAUGGGGGCAAUUUUCCCUUUACCGCCCUGGGCAGUCCCCACCGCACCCUUCUUUCUUUUCUCAUCUGCUCUUGCCUUUUCUCUCAUGACUUGACCCCACUUUGUUCUCUGCCAGCUCUGACUUUUCCUGCCCCUCAGUUCUUCCCUAGUCUGUGUUGGGUUGAAGGAUGGAGGGCAAGGGCCAGGGGUGCUGCUGGUGUUUAAAGCUAGUAGUCUCUGCUGAUUUGGGGGAGUUCCAAAAAUAAGGGGCCUCGUAGGGUUGAGAAGAGACUUCUGAGGGGCCCUCUGCUUGGCUGGGGGGGGUGAAGGGAGUGGGAUCUGGACCCCACUGAACUGACCAAGCUCCAGCUGUGGAGGAGGCUUGUGGGAGGGGGCAGGAAUGGGAGGGCUCUGUCUGGCCCGCCCCUCCUCUCCUUUGCAGCCCGCGCAGCCCGCCCACCAGUCUGAGCUGCUGCUUCUGAGGCCGGUGGCCUGAAGUCUCCAGGAGAGGGGGAAAGACAGCUGGCAGAGUCUGAAGUCAAGGAGAAACAUGGGGUCCAGGGCUGAGCUGUGCACUGUCUUAGGCGGACUCUCAUUCCUCCUGCUACUGAUGACAGGCGAGGGGGCCAAGGGUGGAUCCCUCAAAGAGAGUCAGGGGGUCUGCUCCAAGCAGACGCUGGUGGUCCCACUCCGUUACAACGAGUCCUACAGCCAACCCGUAUAUAAGCCCUACUUGACUCUCUGCUCUGGAAGGCGUGUCUGCAGCACCUACAGGACCACGUACCAUGUGGCUUGGCGGGAGGUAAGGAGGGAGGUGCAGCAGACCCACGCCGUGUGCUGCCAGGGCUGGAAAAAGCGGCAUCCCGGGGCGCUCACCUGUGACGAAGGUGAGGCUGGGUCUUCCCAGGCCUCGGGGGAGGUGCGCCCGGCCGGGCUGGAGAGCCAGGCCUUCCGCUCGGUUCUGAACCCCGCUUCCUGCGCCCGCAGCCAUCUGCGCCAAGCCCUGCCAGAACGGAGGCGUCUGCGUCCGGCCGGACCAGUGCGAGUGCGCCCCGGGCUGGGGUGGGAAGCACUGUCACGUGGGGCUGGCGUCACUCUCUGCUCGCACGGAUGCCUCAAUACAGCAGGCAGCUUCACCUGUGGCUGCCCCCAGGGCCUGGUGCUGGGCCCGGACGGGCGCACUUGCGGAGAAGGGGCCCCAGAGCCCCCAACCAGUGCCAGCAUCCUCAGCGUGGCCGUUCGGGAGGCUGGACACGAUGAGCGUGCCCUGAGGCGGGAGAUUCGCGAGCUGCGAGGGCGCCUGGAGCGGCUGGAGCAGUGGGCCAGUCAGGCUGGAGCCUGGGUCCGAGCAGUGCUGCCCAUGCCCCCAGAAGAGCUGCAGCCCGAACAGGUGGCAGAGCUGUGGGGCCGAGGCGACAGGAUUGAGUCUCUCAGUGACCAGGUUCUGCUGCUGGAGGAGAGGCUAGGUGCCUGUGAGUCCCCAUGCCCCUCUCUGUGGGGACCCCCAUCUCCCAACAGCUGCCCCCAGCUCUUCCAGACACCUUUUCCCAACUCAGUUUUCUCUUGUCCAAAAUCUCUUCUCCUCCACUCACUCACCCCAUACCUUCCCCAGAGUCCCGCACUUUACCACCCCUUCUCCUGGUCUGUCUCCAACUUGGUGGUUCCACUUAUUGGUGAGCGAGACUGUCAAUCCUUCAGUGUCCAGGGCCCACUCCAGGCAUCCAAGAAGUCCACAGUCAAUGUGUCUGCCUGUCUCCUUGUCAUUAACCAGGCUCCUGCGAGGACAACAGCCUGGGCCCAGGCCUCAAUCGGCGGAGCUAAGGAGCCCCUGCAGAGCCCCUGCCCCACUAAUUUGUACAGAAACUGGACCCACUAAUCCUCUGGGAUGGGCCGGCUGGGGAGCUGCAGAUAAGGCUAUCUGCCACUAAGGAGCAAUGAACAAUGGAAACUUUGGAAAGCUGAAGAAAGGAGGAAGGCGGGUUGUCUUGGCCUGCCCGAGUCUUCCGGCUGGGGCAGGGGCCUGGAGGAGAACUGCUUUUUUAACUCCUUAACAAACGCAGCCAGAAAGUGCCCAGAUCUCUCUCAAUCUUUAUUCUCGGUUUCUUGCUGUUAUCCAGAUAAUUAAUAAAAAUCAACCACGCAAAA